CUGAGCCGAUGUUCUGCUUCCUGCAGGCUCCCAGCAGACGGAGGGGCUCUCCUCGUACCAGCUGACUGUUCCUCGGCCAAUAGGAGGCCGGCUGAAGAGGGACGCUGAUGGAAGCCCGCCCAGUCAGGUGUCCUUCAUCAUUCCCAUGGACGGACAGCAGCUGCUCGUCCAUCUGGACCGGAACCAGAUCCUGCUGCCGCCGGAUUUCACGGUCUUCACCUACGGCCCAAACGGAUCCCUGAUCACGUCCAGACCUGCCGUCCAGGACCACUGUCACUAUCGGGGCUCCGUUCAGGACAUGGACGGUUCCGCCGCGGCUAUGAGCAUCUGCAACGGCCUCAGAGGAGUUUUACAUCUGAGUCAUGGCAGCUAUGGGAUCGAGCCGCUAGACUCCGACCCCGAGCAGCAUUUGCUGUACCGCCUACAGGAUGUGACAUCACAGCCCAGAGGAUGUGGAACGCCUCACGUUGAGCACGGCACGGAGCACGCUCAGUACGGACCGCAGGAGAUCCAGCACCAACAGCACAGCAGGGUAAAGAGAGCCGUUCUCCAUAAGACCCACUAUGUGGAGCUGCUGCUGGUGGUGGACAACGACAGGUUUAAUCACAUGAACCGAAACGAGACGGCGGUCAGAGAGCAGAUGGUUCAGCUGGCCAACCUGGUAGACAGUAUCUACAUGCAGCUGAAGGUCAGGGUGGUCCUGGUGGGCCUGGAGAUCUGGACCAACCAGAACCCGUUCAGCACAGACGGAUCAGCUGGAGAGGUUCUGGGCCGCUUCACUCAGUGGAGGGAGAAGGAGCUGGUUCCUCGGCGCCGACACGACUCCGCCCAGCUCAUCCUGAUGAAGAGCUUCGGAGCGACAGCAGGAAUGGCCUUCGUCUCCACGGUGUGCUCCAGAAGCCAUGGAGGAGGCAUCAAUGCGUUCCUCAACAACAACGUUCCGUCCUUCGCCUCCAUCGUGGCUCAUGAACUCGGACACAACCUGGGGAUGAACCACGACGACGGACGCUCCUGCUCCUGUUCCGCCUCCACCUGCAUCAUGCACUCCGGAGCUACUGGAUCCAAAACCUUCAGCAGCUGCAGCGCCGACGACUUUGAGAAGAUGAUCCUGUCCACAGGAGGGACGUGUCUCCUGAACAUCCCUCGACCCGACGAGGCCUACAGCGCCCCCUACUGUGGAAACCAGCUGGUGGACGUCGGAGAGGAGUGCGACUGUGGAUCAGAGAAGGAGUGUGAGGACGACCCCUGCUGUGAAUACAAGACGUGCAAACUAAAGCCUGGAGCUCAGUGUGCGCACGGAGAGUGCUGUUCCAAAUGUCAGUUCCUGCCGGGUGGAACCGUCUGUCGCUCCAAGAAAGACGCCGAGUGUGACCUCCCAGAGUACUGCAACGGCUCCACCCUCUUCUGUCAGAGCGACGUCUUCGUCCAGAACGGGCAUCCCUGCAGGAACCAGGAGGCCUACUGUUUCAACGGAAGGUGUCAACACUACGACGGACAGUGCAAAGCCCUGUUUGGAUCCAAGUCCAAGGCUGCUCCAGACCUCUGCUUCAAGGACGUCAACAGCAAAGGAGACCGCUUCGGCAACUGCGGAUACCAACACUAUGGCUACAAGAAGUGUGAGAGCAGAAACGCUAAGUGUGGAAAACUGCAGUGCCUGAACUUGGGGUCGGAAACGGUUUUCGGCAUCCAGCCGGCGAUCAUCACCACUCCUACAGAGGGAGGAGCCAAGUGCUUUGGAGUGGACUUCAUGCUGGGCUCGGACGUUCCCGACCCGGGCAUGGUCAACGAAGGAACCAAGUGUGGCGACAACAAGGUGUGUUUGAACUACGAGUGUCGUAACGCGGAUGUCCUGAACUACGACUGUGACAUGGAGAACAAGUGCCACGGUCACGGGGUGUGUAACAUUAACAAGAACUGUCACUGCGAUUACGGCUGGGCUCCGCCUUUCUGUGAGCACCCGGGGUACGGCGGCAGCGUGGACAGCGGACCCGCCUGGAACGAUAAGGACACGUCCGUCAGGGACGGCCUGCUGGUCUUCUUCUUCCUCGUUCUUCCUCUGAUUGCUCUGGGAGCGUUUGUUUUCCUGCGCAGGAACGAGCUGCUGCGGCGCCUCGGACUGAGCGGCAGGAAGAGGUCACAGGGAUACCAGGCUGACGGAGCGGCCUCCACCAAUCCCAGCAGAGCUCCGCCCCCCAGGGCGCAGCCACCACCUGUUGGUCGCAGCAACGCAAACGGCACGGUCAGAGACGGGCAAAACAGUCAGCUGCUGCCACCUCAGAAGAUGGUUCAGACCAGCACCACGGCUCCGCCCUUCGCUGCGAGGCCGCCUCCCCCUCCUCUAAAACCCAAACCUUCUGCUGCAUCUCAACCUUUGGUGCCUCAAAGACCCGCCCCCGCUCCACCUGUUUAACCAAUCAGGGGGCUUCCUCUCUUGCCCACCCUCUUCCUCCUGAAUUUCAGCCCGCUCCAUGCAGAGCUGGUUGCCUAGCAACAUCCAGGAGCCUCGCCGGAGGCGCGUGGGUCAGAGAGCGAACCGGACUCAGACGGGAGCGAACCCCAGAAGCUGAAACCUAACCAGCCAAUCAGAUUGUAGAGAUUCCAAAAUAGAUCCUCCUCCUUGAGUAAACAGAUAAUAUAGCCUUCCACUGGGCCUUUACCAGUUCUCCCAGUAACAUGCAGGACUGCAGACUGCAGUUCUGGUCCAAUGAAAGCAAUAAAAUGACAUCAUAUCCUUCAUAAGAUUUGAUUUUAAAACGCAUCUGAUAGUUCUGGAUCUACCAUGAAAACGAAGCAUAACUUCAGUGUUAGCGUCGAUGCUAAUCAGUGCGUCACACCCUGGAGGUGAUGAUGACUUUCUUACGGUUUGGAGCAUUUCUAACAUUAAUUUAAAUCACCUGCAGGGCGUUUCCCUCCAUUAUAUCGUUAGCUGUGCCACAGCGUCCGACAAACUGCUAACUGAGUGAAGGAUCCGCGUACCGCUGCUUCCUGGAUGUCCUGGACGUGGAAUCAGCAGUUAGCGUUAGCAUCAUGAGCCGAUGCUACAAACACUUAUCAGUCGAUCCAAUCAGCGAUCGUCUACUGACGUCUGUUUUGGACAAUCAUCAGCUGUCAGUGUUAGCAUCAACAGUCAGACGUUAGCGUUAGCGAGCUCCAGUCACAUGGCAGUUAUCGUGCUUGUUUUAAAUCCUGGUGUAUUAAAACUCACCAGUUAAACCAGUUAAACAUCAAAGCCUUCUGGAAAAACAGAUGUGGGAGAUUUUUCAUAAAGAGGAACGAGUUUUUAGGUUAGAAAGCUAACCUCACUCUGAUUGGCUGGUUUGGACACAGGGGGCGGAGCCUGCUCUCUUUGAUUUAUUUUUUUUUUCCCUUUUUUUUCUGUGGUGUAUAACUGCAGCUCUGCCCAGCGCUGUCAUAGGAAUGUAACGCACCCUCCAAGCCGCCGUGUGGAGGUGCGUUUAGUUUCCCCACCUGGCCCGGCCCGGAUCGCUCAGUAUUCCCCCAGUGCGGGGCCCCCUCUGUGCGCGGGGCCCCCUCUGUGCGCGGGGCCCCCUCUGUGCGCGGGGCCCCCUCUGUGCGCGGGGCCCCCUCUGUGCGCGGGGCUCCUGGGACAUUUAGUCUGGUACAAGCGUCUCCACUGGGAGUCUGCGCACAUUUUAUACGGUUUAAUUUCAAAGGAAUCCUCUGGAACACUUCAGACCACUUGGAUCGAUGCACUCUAAUCAAAGCAGGGAUUUUUACUCCACCAGUAAACCAAACGCUCCUGCUGGUGAGCAGCACUGCAACGGCUCAACCUGGAUCUGCACUGUCGGGAGGAGGACUUCCUGUUUCCCCUGCUUGUUUUGCACAGGACUCCACUGUUAGGGCUAACUUGGUGCCAAUGACUGUCCAACACCCAAUCAGGGCGUGAGACGAGUCGACGCCGCGGCUGGCGGCCGUCGCUUCACUUUUAAAGGACUUUUCUCCUGCUGAGGCUCAAACCAACUGCAUGUCAGAACACGCUGCAGGGAUCCAACCCUGAAAGCACAUCAGUGACUCAUCAGAUGCUCACACUCCUUCCCUUCUGCACUAAAUCCUCCAUUCUUCCUCCACAAAAACAGAUGGAUUUACAGCAGGUUUCAUCCUCUAAAGCUGAAAAUGACUUUAUUUUUAAUUGCUGUUUCUCUGUCAUCGGCUCACUACGGCAGCCAGGAGGAGACAAACCAACUGGGGUCCUUUAGCAGGCCAGAUUACUUUAGCUUCUGUGGCUAGAUCGAAAUGCCAACAAUGGAGUCUUCACUUUCCUGUAAUGUUCAUUUAAUGCCACUAGAGGUCGCCACAAUUCAGCCACCGGCCCUUUAAUGCUCUGAUCCAAUAAAAGGUUCCUCUGUCAGUUUUAGAAAGCAGAGGAAAAAUAUUAAGAUGUGUUCAAAUUAAACCCCGGAAGAAAAAUCUAAAUCUAGUUUCUUUCACCUUAUCCACGCCAGGGGGCGCUGCUGCUGAGGAUCAGGAACACAGUGGUGCUUUGUCACUUUAAUUUGGACAGAGGUCAAAUGAGUUUAGUUUGAACUAGGAAAGACUGAACCAGCGAUUGGAUCAAAGUUUGUCGCGUAUCUCAGGACAUAAACUCCUGGUUCUGACUAAAAAAGGUUAAUCUGUGGCAGAAACUGAUGAUGAUCAGGUGACCUGGUUGGUUUGAGCCUAAACAUGAGAGGAAUUAGAUGUUUCAACCUUCGGAUCAGUCCGCUGAUCAUUAAAUAGAGAUGUUUUUGGGAUGUGGGCGGAGCAACGGAUCAGGCCAUCUAAUCCCUGAAUUCAGUCUUUCAGGCUGAGAUAAUCAACAGAGUUGAGCUGCAACGGUCUGAAAUUUAAAAAUCAAUAAUAUAUAAAUAUAUAUAAAUAAAUAUAAUCACAUUUUAAAAUGUAAAGAGGAAUUAAAGUAGUUAUGUUGUGUGGGCCAAUCACAGUGAGCUUUUCCUUCCUGCACCUCUGCUAACAGUUUGAGUUCAGCCUGCUUUUUGUAAAGGUGGACGGAUUUCAGCAGCCUGAGACAAACUCAGGGUGAUAAAGGUCUCUACUGGAUGUUAGGCUCGGUUUAAUCUGUGAUGGAUGGAGAGCCGGUUGGCUGCAGGGGACGGAUGGACGUCUGUUACAAACACACUGAUUUUAUAGGAAGCUGUUUCUGCUCUGAGAUGUGAUUCUGUGUGUCCGUGCUCAUCUGCAUCAUUUCAGAUGUUUUAUUUCCUUAUUAAACUUCAACACUUUCUGCCA